AUUCUACUGUUUAGAGAUUAGACAUUCGUCCUUAACCUUUGUCAGCUGUACAUGUCAAACAAUAAAUUAGCAGUUUUGCAUGAUGUCUGCUGACAAUACCACCCACCAGAAAAGGACUACUGACAACAAUGAAAAUAGGGAAGGUUUCAAGAAAGCAAAAUUUUCCUGGCAAAUAAAAGGCAAAACCUCUAAAAGAUGCAGGUUAAAAGAUGAAGCUCAGUUUUCUGGGUAUGCACCACUUGAUAAUGAGCUAGAACCUGAAAAUGCUGAUAUAGAAAGUGGCAGCCAGUUUACUGUCUGUGAUGAUAGUAUUCAGACAAAUAAUGACACUAGUGAAGUUGUUGAAACAUUGGUAGAGAUCAAUGCAACAUCACCUGAUGAGAAAAUAACAGCUACGGUUAAUAAUUUGAUUAAUGAAAAUGACAUGGUGGAAAGCACAUCUGAUGAUAGAUCUGCUUUACAUUUAGAUAUAGAUAGAGAUGUCAUAUCUCCAGAAACGAACCAACCCCCAAAUCCAUGCCCCACUAGUCCCAGAAUUUGGCAACAGAUUAUGAAUAGUAUUAACUGUCAUGAAGACUACAUCCGUGCCAGAAGGAGGCAUAUGGAAAUGGGUCAUGCAAUUGUAGACAAUUUAGUGAACAAAAUUCUUGAAAAUAUGGGGCUCAGUCCAGAUAUAAGAGCAAAUUUGGACAGUCCUUCUAGCAUUGCUUCCCAGUUUCUGGAAAUGAGAGGGAUAAACACGGCAAUAGAGAAUAGGGGUCUGAGAAGACAUGAAAGGCAAAUAUUUGAACAUGCCGGUGAAAGUCAAACCCAAGGCAAUAUUGAUGCUCAUGGAGUGUUGUCUUGUAAAACUAAUGCUGAUGAACCACACAAUUUAAUGUUAGAUAGAACCACAAAUUGCUCUGUUCCUGGGGAACAAAGCACAACUAUUAUGCCUCCUAAUAUGUCUCAACAUGAAACAUCUGAAAUUGUGACUAAAACAGAUGAUACUGAACAUGACAUGUCUGAAAGUGAUGAAUCUAGCUCAGGCAGUAGUACCAUAAUGUCAGACACUGAGUUUUUGAGAGAGAAAAACGUUAAUUCAAAAAAACAGUCAAACAAUAAUCAUGGUGGCGAAGAGGUUGAUACAAACUGCAUGUUUGACUUAGCUGUAUCUACAGCUAUACAUUCACAGGGACUUUUUAAGAGCUGAAUUAAAAAAUGUAAAGCAUACGCUUAUGUGUUUAAAUAAUUCUCUCAUACAAAGGAAUAUGUCUCAAUUGUCAUAUUUAUUUAUUUUAAAUUAAAAAACAUUAAUUGGGUUUCACUUAAAAAUAUUAGUAAAAAAUGCUUGUUUGCUUUUCAAUUUCAGGCUUCGCCACGAAUUAUCUAUUUUAAUUUGUGUGUGUUUAGAGUGCAAAUCCUUUUGAGGCAUAUAUAUGAUAUAUACAGUAAAUCUCUGAUAUUUAUAUUUAAUAUUGUCCAUAGUGAACUCCAACAUAUUCAUACUAAGCAACAUUGUGAUGCAGGUUUUGUUCCCACAUUUCUAUGAAUAUAUUGAAAAAAAGUUGUAUUCUUGGUUUACUUUAUCACAUUCUCAUCAUGUUUUCAUUCAAAAAAUAUAGAAGUUGGCAUUUCAUUAACAUACAAAAAUUGCAGUUGCAUUUUUGCAAUUAUUUCUUACAAAUUAUAAUGCUCAGAUAAAUACUACAUGAGCUUUUUAAGAAAUAAUUACAAAAAUGCUACUACAGUUUUGCAAUUAUUUGUAAAAAUGCUCAUGUAAUAUGGUAUUUUUUCUUACAAAUAAGCAUAUUUUCCAAUAACUCAAAGCACUACAUAUAUACAUGUAAUUGAGAGAUCAAUUUGAGCUUUGUCUUUCAGUGUUUCUAAAUGAUUUCAAUAAAGCAGAUGAAUGAGC